AGGUGUGUAGCGUCUGCACGGGAUGACUAGAGAACGACUAAAUUGAGGCACGCGGUAGUUCUUUCCCGGGUCCGGAGCGAGGAUCUGCAAGAAGUGAGGCUGCUUCUGCUUCCCUUGGUCCGAGGCUGUGAGGGGAGGAAGACCAUGGCGCCCUUGCACUGCCUCUUAUUCUUCGCCGCUCUCCUGUUGGCACCGACCGAUGGCUUGCCCUUCUCGAAGGCGAAGGGUGCCCCCAAGACCAAGUGCCAGCGUUAUCACGCCCUCAAACGGUUUAGUGCUUGCGGAGCCGUGGUUGGCCAUGCGGUUCGCGAGAAGAGCCUCCUGGAAAACCCGAACCAAAACGCAACGUGCAAGAAAGCAGAAGGAUUCGACAAGUGCUUUCAAGACUCAAUGCGCUCAACGCGGUGCGUUAGAAGCUCCGAGUUCAGCUUUCAUCUUCAGCACAUCUCGUCCCUCGUCAACGAGAUGUACAAAGAAAGUUGCAGUUCAAGCGGGGAAACCAGUACCGUGCUGACGGACAUGAGCACCGUGUGCGACAUCCGAGUGGCGGUCGUGCGGUUCCUUGAGUGCACAAGUUCUUUCUACCUGGGCGAUCCUCAAAACAUCGUGCCGCAGAACCACAGCGAGGACGCGAGUGCGACGACUCGUGGUGUGCAUUUUGGCGUCAUCUUCGACGCACCUGCCGUUGUUGGUGGAACGCCAGAGAAGUACAACCGCAUAGCUUCUAUCGAGUGCAGGCGAAGUGCGAAGUUUAGGAACUGCAUAGACAACAUUCACCUCUAUUCGGAAUGCGGAAUUGGGACGGAAGUACACUCACACCUCAAGUACCUGGCGAAUAUUGUGAACCGCAAGGUGGCUGGAAAGUGCAGCCAACAGACACAAAUACCGGACCUCGAUUGCCAGUUACUGCCGUUUCUGAGAAAAUUUCUGCACUGCGGAGUAAACAGAUACGAGACAACAGGGGACCGCGUCGAUCAUGAUAUCUGCACUCAGGUGCAUUCCUACGAGGAAUGCGUCGCAGCUGCCGAACGGGUCACACACUGCAACAUGAAAAACCUCUCCCUGAGCUACCACCUUACUUAUCUCCAUAAUGUCAUGACAACCGUGAACACCAGCUGCAAAGGCGUGCGAAAUGUUGAAACUUCAGUCUACAAAGAGACUUGUAAACGAACGACGCUGUUCAAUAACUACUUCUCCUGUGGAAUGGAGGUUCAGGCACGCCUUGAAGGACUGAAAAAAGGUGACAAGGAACGGUGCAGGAUUUCUGAAAACUUCGAGAAAUGCUUCAUCAACGCCAAGGAGCAGUCAGGCUGCCUCCUAGCCGACGAGGCUACGAGCAUCAUGAGCGCCCUGCUGGACACGUGGAAAAAAGAGCACGCAAAGGAGUGCUCGGACUUUGAUGUGGCACCUCCACGAGGAGCGCAAGGAGAGUGCCUGACGGGCACAGCAGUACGCAAGGUUUUCCUGUGCGGCCUCAGUUUUCAGACGGCUGUACGAGAAGUGAAGUUCUCGCCCCUCGAGAUGUCCCCGGAAGUGUGCCGGCGGCUAGAGGAAAUGAAUUCUUGUAUCUCCGAAGUGAAGAGCCGCACGCAGUGCGCCAUGUCUGAAUUGCACGCCCACGUCGCUCCUUUGUUGCAGCCGUUCACCACUGGCUACGCCAAGAGGUGCGAGAAGAUCGUGUGGUCGAACAUGUCUGCCCCGAUGAUGUCUCCCAAUUCGCCGGCGUGUCGACGGCUUCCAGCUCUGAAGCGCAUAUUCCACUGCGGCCUAAGCUUCAGCAGAAUACUAGAAGAAAUGGAACUUGUCCACCAAAAGGCCGAAGUACUCUGUCCGCUGCUCAAGAAGUACGAGACGUGCGUUCCGGACUCGGCAAGCGAGCUGGGAUGCAAAGAUGACCCCGUAAUGAAAGGACACGUGAGAAGUUUCGGAAGGAUACUGCACCGACAAUAUUACGAGGCAUGUCUCAGAAACCGAAGGGGGGCACCGAUACGGUUCGAAAGUCUGCGAAGAGGUAUGGUGCGCAACGGAAAUGGCAGUCAUGACAUCGACGACAACCCGCAGAUCUUGAGGCAAGACCUAAGGCGUGGUGCGAAUUUGUCUGCUGCAAUUAAACAUCAGAUGUUAAGCCAAGUUAUGGAAGAUUACUAUGGUCCAGAUUACGACGAGUACGUUGAAGAAGAAGACAAAGUACCGGACAGCCUUGAUGUCAAGCCUGCCUAUGAUUAUGCCGAUCGCGAGGUGACUUCGAAGACAAAGAAGCAGGAUGCACCCCAAAAAGGCGCGCAGUUAUCACCAGAAAUAGCGGCCAGUAAUGCAUCAUUGACUGGGCACAAACAAGACGCAGAUUCCGAACUGAGAAAAAACCAAGAGUUCUGGGCAGGUGUCGAGCGAGCGCGCAAACUCAGAUCGCAACACAGAUACGAAUCGGGGUCCCCAGAACUCGUCCAGGAUCUCUCAGGCAAACGAGCUAGCAAAGAUUUUGCGCGACCCGGAGCAUACUUCAUAGACCAACUGGCUAAUCCACCUGAUUACAACAUUGAUAACCAUGCAAGAAAAAAACCCGAAACUGGGGAUUCCAAUGGCAACUUCGAAAGUCAGCAGAUUCCUGAUAACUUCAGGAACUCUCCCCUGAACUUGCCAUUGUAUAAAUCAAUGCGGAAUGUGCCGCACGCAGCAAGGCAAGGAGAGAGCGAUGCUGAAGGUUGGAGAGGUUUGCCGCCAUUGAGCCGUGAAGAAGAGCUGGAAAUGUACGAGGAUACGAGAGGUAUGGCUGAGCUGCUGCAGAAACAGAGGGAAAGACACUACAGUCGGUACAAGGGCAGGGAAAACCUCGCUCCUAAAUCUGACAUGCAGAGGGCAUGGAAAGAUCCUGUCCAUAGGUACGCCGCUGAUGGCGAUGAAUUGUUGAAGGGUGGUUUCAACAAUGACAAAGGUUUGUUUAACAGGAGCCUAGCGUACUACGAUCACAACGAAGGAACAGACACUAGGCGCUUUAGGGGUGAGUACGGGAUGCGCCACAUUGAGCGCCACCCGUACAUAAGACAAUACGCACCCAAUGAAAAGGGUGGGAAAGGACACCAAGAUGAAAGGCGACAAAAUGCUGUGCGUUUCGACAGGCGGGUGAUCGGCUUACAGCGUCGAGGACGUCCAUACAGAAGUACCAACUACGAUCUCAGUGGAUACGAGAAACCAUCCCUCGGACACUUACCCCAUAUAGAUGGCGAAGAAGAGCUCGUGUCAAGAGACGCGAUGUCAUUCCCAGAAGACGACGCUCCCGUACUGCCCAAAGACGAAUCUCUAGACCAAGGUGUCCAGCAAAUGGGUCCCCACAGAGCAUUUUCAAUUAGGCGUCACGAUAGCAAGGUUUAUCCAGACACUCCGAGAAACGUGCAGGUAGCUGCUGGUAUGGAAGAUAUGAAUUAUGCACCUGGUGGCACGUUUUCUUCACCUGACAACGUCCUUGGCGCGAAAUUACCCAGACGUGAUGGCGCGGACGCUUUGACCGGAGAGCAAACAUCUCAGAAUCACCGACAAGGAGCGCCGCUGCCUUACUACCCUCGGCGAUUAGCUUCAAACAUGUUUCGUGCAAGAGCGGGCCUACCCACUGAUCCUGGAUCUGCUGUCGGAAUCUUGCAAGAAGACUAUGACCGAGGAGUAGAUAACAAUAAAGCUUCAUUAAUGAUGAGUGACGGCCGUUCUGUACUGGCGAAGGAAGAAAUGUCGCCCCGUCUAAACGUCAUGAAGCGACUUAGCGGCCAUGAUCCAGUUUCUUCGCCAAACAACCCAAAUUUUCAACUACCAGGAGAGGCUUCAGGAAACGUGCGGUCAUUUCAGCGCAAACUUCCAUUUAAAAAUACCAACUACAAGGAAAUAGAGCCACACGAAAUGGAUUCGUAUCCGGAUGAACUUAGACCCUUCCCGAGCCCAUCACAGCGUCAUUCUAAUGACUCAAACUACGUUGGCCCCAACAGCUUUCUUCCAGAACCGGGCCUGCGGUCACCUAAAGAGAAGGUUGUGCCAGACUUUCUUGGAGAGACACAGGAGCGUACCGGUUCACCAGAAGCGCGAACAAGGAACGACGAGUCGUCUAAUCGUAGGUCAGUAAACUCUCCUGGAACUCACAUAAGGGGUUUGGACAGCGAAGGAGACUACAAUGAUGGUCGAGAAAGUCGCGACGAGGGCUUCGAGCAGCGAGGCGCGAAAGGUCCGAAGCGAUUCUUCGAUAUUAAAAAAAGAAAGCGCGAGCCUAGACUUGGUUUCCCAUACGUGAGACACAUCGAUGAAUCGCCCGGGUUACUGCUCGACAAGAACGACGAGGCAGCCGGCAGCGCUAUCGCGAAGCCACCGAGUCGGAAGACUAACCUUCAGCUAAACCAGUUUGAGCUAGAGCGAAAGAUGAAGAAGCAGCUCGUAAGGGACGACCUAGAGGAGAUUAUAAAUAAGCACAAGGAAGAGAGCGACAGCAAAGCGGACAUGAUGCUUUUCCCGAGUGAGCAUCUCGUUCACGACGAUAGAGUUGUGCGGGACUUUGAUGCUAAGGCUCUGGAAGAAAAUAAGGACUACUACGACAUAGACGCAAAGCUUGAAAGUGACACUGGAGAUCGGUCUUCUAUGUGGAGCGCUGGCAGAGACGACAUUAAGGAUGAACUACUAAGGAAACACAUGGAGGGCACGGAAAAACGGCAGGACCCUUUACUUGGGGAAUUGAGCAAGCGGAAUGCCUGGUAUACGGAUGAUAUUUGGAGUGACAGCAAUGACCUUUUCGGCAUGGAGAGGCUGCUGUCCGACCAGCGCCGAGAUUUCGGCGAGAAUGGCACGGAGGAAGACGAAAUGUCGCAAUGCCAGCUGCACAAUCUUCGAAGAAGGACGGAUGCCUGUGGACGGGUAUUUGAGGAUGACUUCAAAGCCAUAGGAAACGGAACUGUACGCCACUUCGAACCCCAGUCCUUGACACCACAACUCCGGAAGUCGGUGUGCUCGCACGCAAGUGACUUUUCGCAAUGCAUCAACGUCUUCGCACAAAAGUACCGCUGCGUCGAUAGCCAGGAGUUGAUCAAGAAUUUGACCGAUGAUCACCUCAGGAAAGCUGGUGUCAUGUUCUGCGACGCCAGCGCUGUGCGCAUUUCCUUCGAACUCGUGAUCGCAGCUGCCCUGUUGCACUUGCUUCGCACGUGACGAAGCAACCGAAACGUCAUCCGCGGUAAACGGGUCAUCAGCGCUGUGUGCGAAGAAAUAAAAAAAAAAUUCCACGAUAAACUACAUAAUAAAUAUU